AAAAAAUUUUUUUUUUAUAAUUUCAACCAAUGCAGCCAAUGCUGUCAGUUUCACCUCCUGAUUAUUUAAAGGAUUGUCACAGGAGAUCUCAGCACCCAGGGCUGUGUAAAGGACACUGAGAACCCAUUAACCUUGAUCACUUGUUAUGAAUGAAUCAGGCAGCACAGCCAUGGCAGGGGUGGACAUCAGCAGUAACACAGGGGGCGUAAUAAGUUAUGUGGGCUCCAGUGGUUCCUCUCCCAGUCGGACCAGUCCAGUAUCUCUGUACAGUGAUUGCUCCAAUGGCAGCCCUCAAAGUGGUGCCUCUCACUAUCCCUCUUACCUGCCGCCCUCACCCUCGCAUUCCUACAGUGCCAGCUCUUCUGGGUCAGGUGGAGAGACCUCUCCUCGCCCAUCCUACGGUCUGGCCGCUUCACCGGGUGGGCUUCAUGUUGCAUUGGAUGAUGGCAGCAGAGUGUCCCCAAGUAAAACCUCAAGCAGCAUCACCAAGCUAAAUGGCAUGGUUUUACUAUGUAAAGUCUGUGGCGAUGUAGCCUCUGGUUUCCACUAUGGUGUACAUGCCUGUGAGGGCUGCAAGGGUUUUUUCCGUCGCAGUAUCCAGCAGAACAUCCAGUACAAGAAAUGCCUGAAAAAUGAGACUUGCUCUAUUGUACGAAUAAACAGGAAUCGCUGUCAGCAGUGCCGUUUCCGGAAGUGUCUGUCUGUAGGCAUGUCUCGAGAUGCUGUGCGGUUUGGUCGCAUCCCAAAGAGGGAAAAGCAGAGAAUGCUAGCAGAAAUGCACAGCGCAAUGAGCCACAUUGCUGGCGGCCAUUUUGGGAGGCGGAGCCCAGUCCCUCUACAGCCACAGCAACUUCGGCCAUCCUCUCCUCCUCACAUGGGGCCAGUCUCCUGCCCUUCUCCCCCAUCUCUUCCUGAAGCCUUUCCCCACUAUCCUCAGCAGCUGACACCGCCUCGAUCGCCCAGCCCGGACCACGUUGACGAUGUCAUAGGUCAAGUCACCCAAGCGCACAGACAGAUCUUUGUCUAUGCCAAUGACAAAGUGCAUGCCAAGACAGCAGUAUGGGAUCAACAUCAUGGCAUCCAUUCAUCAUCACAUGACAACAGGGAAACGCAAGGCAAUCGGGACGUACUGCUGGCUUGUCCCAUGAAUCCUCUCCCUCGAGGUGGUCCACACCGCUCUGUACAGGAGGUGUGGGAGGACUUCUCCCUCAGUUUCACUCCAGCCGUACGAGAGGUCGUGGAUUUUGCUCGUCACAUUCCUGGGUUUAGAGACCUCACUCAGCAAGACCAAGUCACUCUGCUCAAGGCUGGCACGUUCGAGGUCCUAAUGGUACGCUUUGCCUGUUUGUUUGAUGUGAGAGAGCGCUCUUUACGGUUUCUAAGUGGAGCCACAUACUCCUUACCUGAGCUCCAAGCAAUGGGCAUGGGAGAACUUCUAAACUCAAUGUUUGACUUCAGUGAAAAAUUGGCCUCUCUAAACCUGAGCCCAGAGGAGCUGGGGAUCUUCACCGCGUUAGUCCUCGUUUCUGCAGAUCGCACCGGAAUGGAGAAUGCUUCUCUAGUUGAGCAGCUGCAAGAGACUUUGAUUCGGGCCCUGCGUUCUCUUAUCCUGAAGAACAGUCCAAGCGAUACUUCCCGUUUUACCAAACUCUUAUUGCGACUUCCAGACCUACGAACCCUGAACAGCUUACACUCUGAAAAGCUGCUCUCGUUUCGCGUUGACACACACUGAUUGUCAUUGAACUGCACUAACAGAGCAGAUGGACCAUAAGAAUGUGCGCACACUGGGUGGUGAAAUGACACUUCACGCCACCAAUCAAGCGAGGACAUGUUUGUGUUUUAUCACCCAAGGAGAGCAUGAGCAGUCUGUGAUGAUGACAGGUUAACAACGGUGGACAUCUACAGGUCGAAUAUCAAGAGUGGUUAAACGGUGCGCGUUUAAUAAAAGUAAAAAAGAUGGCUGUUCAGCUCGACCUCAGUUGUGCUGGUUAUGCGCGCUUUGUGGACUGUAGAGGCCAAAGCACUAUUCAUUCUACAAGGGGACAUUUCGAAGCAAUGUAUAUAUGUAUAUAUGUCUCAUAGUGUACAGGGAUCUGUAAAUAUCUGUGUGUAUCAGAUGUCGUGUCUAAUAUAAAUAU